AUGCGACUUAGCCACACGAUGGAAAAGAACAUCUGCUGUCGGCAACGAAGGAGAAAAGAAGUCGUCUACGACGAUUGCGUACUUCAGGACUCCCUGUCCCAAGGUGACUGGCACAUCGAGGAGGACCCAAGCAUGGACUACGAGAUGCUGCUCAGAGGAUUACGAGCCUGUGCUGAACGUGCCUCGAAGUCGCGCACGACAAACUUGGAUCGAAUUUCGAAGACCAACAAGGAAUUGUUAGGAAGAAGAAGGGCUUUGAGGCUUGAUCCGAAUGCAUCGCACAUUGAGCGGUUAGUAGCAAACACUAGCUGCAGAAAAACGUUGCAGGAGGAUCUUUUGAAGUACAGGCAGAAGAAGAUUCUAGAAGCAGCACAAAGAAGAACGAGUCUAAAGAAGUGCCGCAGGGAUCUCCGCGAAUAUAAUAUUCCGCUAGCAAUCUUGCAGAGUGAAGACGGGACUCGCACGUCUUCUCGUCGUGAGAUGGAAAUCAUUACGGAGAGGUUCUACUCGAACCUUUUCCGUUCAUCAACUCCUGUGUCAAGCCCAAUCAUCCCCACUGGCGAAGCUCCACCACGGAUUCUCCCUUCGGAAGUACGAGUUGCUAUCAAGAGCAUGAAACCUGGCACAGCCCUCUGA